CAAUAUAAAAAACAUCAUCACUUUGACUCAACAACACAUAUCAUAACACACAUAUUUAUGAGAAUUUUCAUUUUGUGUCCUCUAUACGACAUUCAGCAUUAUUUUACACGUUUCUGCUUCAGGUAACACUUUACAGAAGUGUUUUGGCUUCUCUCUCUCUUUACAGGUCACCACACUGGAUCACCUACUUUGUUUGGUAAUCCAUAUAUUUGAUUUGGCAUGUCGUAAAGUAGAAUGUUCAUAGUUCAUUUUGUGACACAGACCCAAAACCAGACGUAACAUAAUGCCAAUGCAGACAUGCUCCGGCUUUGGCAGAGGUGCCAUUCACCCUGUUAUGAGUUCAUGUACCAUCAAAAUAAUGUUGGAGAUUUUUUGAAGGUUGAAAUCCUUCAUUGUGGAACCUCAAGGUGCAACCGUUUGGCUGGAACAGCAGUUCCUAGUUCAAAUUCCGGUUCAGUCAGGUGGAGAUUGAAUGUUCUCUCUGCCUCAGUCUCAAUAGUUUUUCACCAGUAAAUCUGGCUUUCCACCAACAGUGGGUAAGACUCGUAACUGACUGUAUGAAUGUGUGGGUGAAUGGUAAUACUGACAUAUCUGCAUGCACUUGCAUCCACCUUGGUGCUCUCACCCUCCAUCAGUUCACUGUUCCUAUCGAGAGGAGUUCUUUCCAAGACUUCUUCUUUGUACAGUAGCUUAUUCCUCUCUUGUAAGCCACUUUCAUAAAAGCCUCUGCUGAAUGCAAAUGUAAAUAUUAACAGUCAAAAUGUCAUUCUUAUUCAAAAUAGUUCUGUCAUCAAGCUGCUCAUGCCCUUUUCUACUUGCUGUCAGGUGAUUGAUUGAUUCUCCGCCUCAGGACAACACUGAAGCGGUUCUAUAUCUGUAUAAAUACAAGCCCUCUGCAGAGUGUCAGCACAACCAAGAAGAUGGAAACCCUUCAGCUUUUCGUGGUACUGCUCUCCGUGUGCGGCCUGUCCUAUAGCAAAGAAUGUCGCCCAUAUCUCGUGGAGAACAUAGAUUUCCCAGGAACUGACAUAACAUUCCUCUACUCUCCUGAUGUGAAACACUGUCAGUAUCUGUGCACCGAGCACCCCUCCUGCCUCUUCUUUACCUUCAUUCGACAAGACUGGACAACAGAUAACAGGAACUUUUACUGCUACCUUAAAUCCACUCCCAGUGGACAGCCUGAUGUCCAGACUCCACUACUUGGUGUCACCUCUGGCUUUUCUCUCAAAACCUGCAACUUUAACUCAAAACCAUGUCUGUCUCAGGUUUACCAGGACAUCGACUUCUACGGAUCAGAUUACAGAUUCCUGUUCACGUCCAGCUCUGAUGAGUGUCAGACAUUUUGCUCCAAUGACCCGAACUGUCACUUCUUCACUUUUAUAAACAAUGCCUACACACCAGAGAAAUACAGGUUUAAAUGUCACCUUAAACAGAGCUGGUCGAUACCACGGACUCUUAUUGUAAAGAAAGAGGUUGGCCUAGUAUCUGGAUUCUCUGAACAGCUACAAAUGAGUCCAUAUUUGGAGCCAGCGUGCCAGAGGAAGCUUUUUGCAAACACUGAUAUCCCAGGAAACAGCUUGGAGACCCUGCCUGCUGCCGGUGCUGAGCAUUGUCACGCCCUGUGCUCUGCUCAUCCAACUUGCACCUACUUCUCUUAUGACAGUGACUUCAACUGCUACUUGAAGAAUAAUCCAAAUGAAAUGGUGAGGAAGUCCAAAGAGGGCGUCACAUCUGGGAUUCCAUCGCGUUUCUGUCAGCUGGAUGAUGACUGGCUGAAGGUGGAUUAUGACGGAGUGCAUUUCCAAGGCUCUGACAUUGGCAACGUGGCGAUGCAGGAUGCAGACAAAUGUCGGGAGACAUGCACUGCAGAUCGUCAAUGCCAGUUCUACACCUACUUUAAAGAUUCCCAUUCCAACAGUGAUUACAGGGGACUCUGCUUUAUGAAGAGUGUCAUCACCAUUUGGGCUCCUCCUCAAGUUUCCAAACUCAACAAUGUUGUGUCUGGAUUCCCCCUGAAGAGCAAAUGCUCACAGGUGUAAUAAAUGUGUACAGAGCAAGAGUGACAACCCUCAUGCUCCCAGCAUUGUACUUCUCCUAAAAAUAAAUACAUUUCACCAAUGCAUAA